AUGUCUUCCAAUCAGACUUUUGACAACUCCAAGCUCUCCAGUGCCGCUGCGGCUGCGCAAAACAACACGACACAACAGUGCCGCAGCAGCAAGUCACCCACACCAACCGGUGAACCUGAUGCGGCGGCUCUCUCCCCAAGCCAGAUGCGCGAGCACCUUGGUCCUCCCGAAAUCACCCACGAUUAUCCCGAGGACAGCACUCACCGCAGACACUCGGCUGUGUCUGCUCAACAGGCUCACUUUUUGAGAUAG